CCUGCGCACUGACGUCAUCACACAAACAAGGAAGUCUGUGCUGUUCUGUCAAUGCCGCGAAAAAUCUAACUGUGGCAGACUGGAGAGAUAGAUCAUUGCUAUGGCUGAGAAAUGCCCAAAGUCAAAACUAAAAAGAAAGAAGUUGUCUAUCGAGGAGCCUCUAACUGAUAUAUUUUUCAGGAAGACGCUGAUAAAGAACAACGAAAGUUCCAGUGCAUCGAUUGAAAGCUUGAGUUCAACGAGACCUGUGGUCCCUAUAGAGUCGUGGUGGUCCAGAGGUGACCUGGCUGCAGUUGAGAGUCUCUGGGCCCUGACUCUGAGCUCUGCUCUUCCCUGUCUGGACGCUCACCCCUGGGACCCAGUCCCUGACCUCCCAACAGCCUCCACACUGAGCUCUAAUGUAGACCAGCAGAUUGAAUGGAGAUGGUGUAGCCUCAGUGAGGACAUGACUCCCUUGCCCUCCCCACACAGUUCCACCACAGACUUUCCUCUCAAUCCUUUUCCUGGGCUGGAAAAGACUCUCCUCCCAGUCCCAGUACAGACUAGCCAGACAACAUCCACCAUCAAUGGCCCUCCUUUGAAGUCUGCUCCCUGUCUAGAGGGGCCCGGAGAGGAGAGCAGUAGUUGUGGUGCUGGCCGCCCCAGACCAAGUCUGGGAGCCCGAGUGCCUUCUAGCUACGGAAGGGGAGCCCCGUGGAGUGGAGGGGGGAAUAGCAGAGUGCCAUCCAGAAAGGACACAAAACGAGGGGAAGGAGGGCAAAACACGGCAGCGGCCAGACCCCACCCUACAGCCAGGCGACCCAGAGGAGAGAAGGAGAGUCAUCCCUCUAUUCCUCAGCCCUUCAUCAUCAGAGCAGGGAACGGAGGAUCAUCAUUACCAGCAGAAGCAAGAAAGGGUGGAGGAGGAGUAGGAGAGGAGGGCGAGAAGAGGGGGAUGAAGAGGCUGCAGCUACCUGCAAACCAGGUGGACGCCACGUCCUCUACCUCUGACAGCUGCACUGCUGCUCCCAUGGAGGAGGGGAAGGGGGAGAAAAGGGAGGAGGGGGUGUCUGGGAUGGGCAGAGCUGAUUGGGUUGCUGGCAAAGGAGGAGGAGGAGGAAGGGCAAUGCAGAGUUGCCCCAUGUGCCUGGUGCCGUUUCCAGCUGGGUUCACUCAGAUGGACUGUGACAGCCACCUGGCCAAGUGUCUAUCAGAGAUGACCGUCGACAUGACCUGGUGAUAGUCCACAGAGUCUUCUUCUGACACCAAGGAUGGAUGGAGGUCUGGAAGGACAGCCAGCUGGCCGUUGCACCACAUUUGGGUCGUGUUCACUUGGCACAAAACCGAAGAAAAUGGACCGAAUUGGGGAGGUGCGAUCGGAACUUGUCGAAUUAAAAAUGCUUGUUUUUGCCUUUACCCUUUGUAAGAUUUCCAACCCUUGUUAGGACCUCUUACUGGCCCACCUCCGCCCCUUCCCACCAACCUAUCAUCAUGCACUACAAGGUUGGAAUCAUAGAGAUGGAUCGAGGGCACACCUGCCACUAAGCAUUUGAGGCGUACCACUUCCCAUCGCUAUGGUUGGAAACAAUCUCUGAUGUGUCCCAUAUUGCUUCAUUCAGAUACACAUUUUGUUCUCUCUUCCGCUCCUAACCGCAUAUGCUGCCAUAGAAAUAGAAUGAAUAGAACGAGCGUCCCCAUUCAAGCCAACAAAGGUAUAAUGGGUGGGCUGGUGGCCAAAGCGAGGAGCAAAGCAGGAAGUGUACCCUGUAGUAGUUAGUAGAAGUAGUUGCCAUUGCGCCCUGGUAGCCUAAGCAGAAAGCUCCUGUAAAUACUGCCUUCAGAAAGUCUUCACACCCCUUUACUUUUCCCACAUUGUGUUACAGCCUGAAUUUGAUUAAAAUGGAUUAAAUUGAGAUUUUUUGUCA